UGAUAGAAAUGCAUGGAGUACCAUCAGGUCUCGUAUUUAUCAUUUACUAUCCGAUCAUUGCAUCUGUCGGGAUUCCAGCUAACCUGGUUGUGAUUCUGACGCUGUGUCACAGACGAUGUGGUCUUUCUGGAUGUAUUAUUUAUUACGUGGUGUCCAUGGCAACGGCAGAUCUAUUCGUAAUGAUCACGGCUGUACUAUUGAACCGGAUAGCUGGAAUUUAUUUUCCAACUAGUUUUCUGUCAAUUACACCAGUGUGCAGUCUUCGCAAUGCCUUUAAUUUUGCAGCCAUUGAUAGUUCUGCUUGGUUAACUGUAGCGUUUACCUUUGAUAGAUUUGUGGCCAUUUGUUGCCAGAAACUGAAAAUUAAAUAUUGCACUCAGAAGACAGCAGCUUGGGUUGUAGGAACUGUGUCCACACUGGCCUUCUUUAAAAAUAUCGCCAGAUAUUUUGUUUAUGAACCAACAGUUGUUAUUAAUGACAUGCCUUGGUACUGUGGUAUUAAGGUAAUAUUUUAUACAUCACCUGUGUGGGUCGGAUAUGAUUUGAUUAGUUCCAUUUUAACCCCAUGUAUCCCAUUCAUUCUAAUUUUACUACUGAAUGCUCUGACCGUGAGACAUACUGAAGCAGCCAAUGGAACCCGCAGGAGACUCUGGGCCCAGAACAGUGGAGAGAAUCAAAGUGACCCAGAGUUGGUGAAGCGACGGAAGUCCAUUAUUUUGCUUUUUGCCAUCUCUGGAAGUUUCAUACUGUUAUAUGCAUUAUUUUUUAUAACAAUACUCUAUGUCAGAAUUACAAACGCUACUUAUACUUCAGGGUCCAAUUCCAGUGUUUCCACGUAUAUUCUCAAUGAAGUAGCAUUUAUGCUUCAGUUUUUGAGUUCUUGCACCAAUCCGUUUAUUUAUGCUGGGACCCAGAGUAAAUUUAGAGUCGAGUUAAAGAAUGGGAUGAAAUAUCCACUCAACUUGUUUGUUCAUUUUUUUGCCUCUCGAAAACAGCAUGGUCUUGUGUGGGGGAGGCCGUGCCUCACGAACUUGAUUGAGUUUUUUGAGGAGGUGACGAUGAUGAUUAAUGAGGGGAAAGUGAUUUAUGUUGCCUGCAUGCACUUCAGUAAAGCCUUUGACAACGUCCCCCAGUGGCAGACUGGUACAAAAGGUGAAAUCACAUGA